GCGUCACUGUUAAUACUGCGUUCACGUUCCACCGGAAAAACGAGCUCUCUGCAGCAAAAUCCCUCAAAAAUAAGUCAAAACUUCCGGGGUGAUCGUGGGUUUCAUCCACGCUUCCAAUCAAAUACACAUCACUCCAGCUGCUUAUCAGGGAAUUACUUGAUCUUUGUGGUGGCUUCUCUUUGUGGGACUUAUUUGAUCCUCAGUGUCCUGAUGUCGAUUCAUAAAUGUUUUAGUUUGUGAUUUUUGGGUGUGUGGUGUGUAUUGGAAUGAAAUACAAUGAAUAAAUCACGAUAGAAGCUACUUAAAUAUUCCAACACAGAGACAGAGAUCACAGCUUCUCACGCUUCACUUUGGUCACGUCCUUCUGGGCGUUUCUUGACUUUCCGAGCUGCCCCUGAGAGCCCCGUGCGCUUCCUUUUUUCUUCAUUCUUUCUUUAAUCCUCAUAAACCGGUUUUGUUUUGAUUGUCGUUGCUCCGACGCUCCCCGGAGGCCGUGGACGCGUCACUGUGCGCCCACGUGGUUGUGUUACCUGCGCUGCGGUUGGCUGCGGCAGAUCUGCUUCAGAUCAGCUGCUCUCUGCGGAUCUCGGCGCAGGCACAGUGGGGACGCGGCUCCGUGCUCACCGGCUCUCAGCGCUCCGUCACCCGCACAGCAGCCGACGACGGGGGUAUCCUCCGGUUAACAUCCGCUUUCAAUCACGUUUCCAGGCAUGCGUAAGCGGACCAACUCGCAGACAGCGGAGCAUGACAGCGGGACCACCGGUACACUGCUGGACAGCGACACGGACCUGAAGCAGCGCACCGACAGAGAAGCGGCAGGGCCCGCAGCAGGCGGCCGGCAGGGCCGGGAGCGGACCGGAGCAUGGCCAAACCGUUCCGGAGGUUGGGUCUGGUGGGGAAGCUGAAGAGGGUGGUGUUGUGGCUGCUGCUCGUCUACGUCUCCAUUCCCUUCAUCAUCAAGCUGUGUCCGUCCAUCCAGGCCAAACUCGUCUUCCUCAACUUCGUGAGGAUGCCGUACUUCAUCGACCUGAAGCGACCUCUGGACCAGGGAUUGAACCACACACACAACUUCUACCUGGAACCUGAGAGCGGGCUGAAGAUCGGAGUCUGGCACACGGUUCCUGCUCAGAUGUGGAGAGAAGCUCAGGGGAAGAAAGGCGACUGGUACGAGUCCAAGUUUAGCUCCUCCCACCCCGUUAUCCUCUAUCUCCACGGAAACGCAGGGACCAGAGGAGGAGACCACAGAGUGCAGCUGUACAAGGUCCUCAGCUCGUUAGGCUACCACGUGGUCACGUUUGAUUACAGAGGUUGGGGCGAUUCAGAAGGCUCGCCAUCAGAGAGCGGGAUGACAUCAGACGCUCUCUUUAUUUAUGAUUGGCUGAAGCGGCGGACAGACAAAACGCUGCCUCUUUACAUCUGGGGACACUCUCUGGGAACAGGAGUGGCAACCAAUGUGGUCAGACGGCUGUGUGACAGAGGAAGUCCUCCUGACGCGCUCAUCUUAGAGUCUCCUUUCACCAACAUCAGAGAGGAGGCCAAGAGUCACCCCUUCUCCAUGGUGUACCGGUACCUGCCCGGCUUUGAUUGGUUCUUCCUGGACGCCAUCACUGCCAACAACAUCCGCUUCACCAGCGAUGAGAACAUGAACCACAUCUCCUGUCCCGUGCUCAUCCUCCACGCCGAGGACGACAGCGUGGUUCCUUUCCACCUCGGUAAGAAGCUCUACUCGCUGGCGUCGCAGUCGAAGAGCCUGAGCGGUCACAAGGUUCAGUUCGUGCCCUUCCCCGCCGCGCUCGCCUACAAGCACAAGUUCAUCUACAGGAGCCCGGAGCUGCCAAACAUCCUCAGUGAUUUCCUGGGCACAGCUCAUCCCGUCGCACAGUGAGGACAGACAGGAAGUACUCGGAUUACUCUCUGCACUCCACGACAGCCGCACCGCCGCGGCUCGUUUUGUCCUCGCAUGACCUCGACACAUCAUUCCUCCUUCUGUUAGCAUUCCUCCCACAGCCGCGCUCGCGUCACAGCACGCAGGGUCGCCACGGCAACCGAUGCUUUUAAAGAGUGGUGACGUGGAGUUUUUAAUAUUUUUGUGUGAUUGUGUCGAGUUUAUCACUGGAACUUGUCUGAAGGCCUGUUACAACUUGAAUUAAAUAUUAUUUGUUUUAUUUGU